AUGUCAGAACAAGAGGAACAGAUAACUAACUUAAAUAAGCGAAAAUCAAUACUAAAGGGUCAGUUAACACGUUUUGAAACAUUUAUAAAUAAUACGGAUAUCGCGGAAGAUCAAACACAAUUAGAAUUAAGAUUACAAAAAAUAGAAAUAGCUUUUGAAGAAUUUAACUUUGUUCAGACCGAUUUAGAAAUCUUAGAAUGUAUUUAUUGGCACAACUUGAACCCAGAACCACAAAAUGGCAUUAUGCAGAGAAAGGACAUGGUAAAGGAGCACCAGAUGGUGUCGGCGAUUGCCUUAAACGGACUGCUGAUUGCACAAGGAGAUGUUAGUGAUUUGAACACUUCCAUUUCAGCUAUAAAAUAG